CCUACCACUGAGCACCAGGUGGCGCACUCGUCCCAUGGAAAUGGAGGCGGUGCUCUGUGUGGCGUCAUGACGCAGGAAGGGCCCGAAACGUAGCUUGGAGUGUUCGGCGAGGUGCCUGUGAGAGCCGCGGCCUUGAGCACAGUGUGCAGCGCCGGUGCUGGCCACGCAGUAAAUCCCUUAACAAGAACACAAGAAAGGUGUGACCUACACCCAACUGCCACCAUGUACUGUUUGCAGUGGCUGCUUCCUGUGCUCCUGAUUCCUAAACCACUGAAUCCAGCCCUCUGGUUCAGUCAUUCUGUGUUUAUGGGAUUCUACUUACUGAGCUUCUUACUGGAGAGGAAACCAUGCACCAUCUGCGCCUUGGUCUUUCUGGGAGCCCUCUUCCUUAUUUGCUACAGCUGCUGGGGUAACUGCUUUUUGUACCAUUGUGGUGCCAGCCAGCUACCUGUCUCAGCCCAUGACCCAGCUGUGGUGGGCACUUAAAGAGUUUACACAAUUCUUUUAUCUCAUGGAUUGCUUUUUGCCAGGGACGUGGCACCACUUGCGCCAGUGUGUGUUUCUUGAAGAUGAAACUGGGACAACAGUGACUCCAUGUUCAAUUAAGCAGAGACGACGGUUUUGGCGAAAUGGAUCCCCUCUUUCCCUGAUGCCGUGUAGCUAUUGGUGGGCAGAGACAUUUGCAUUACCAGCCCCUGGUAUUGUGGUGCUUGGGGGCUUUUAAUUGUAUUUUGGGGUGUUUUGCUCCUCCAACCACAGGUUUUUCAAAAUAAUGUUUACACUUCUUCUGUCCGCUCUGUCACAUUCUCAUGCCGCCUCUCAGCACAAACAGUUAUUUUUGAGGAUGGUUGGGCUAUGUGACUAGUUAUUGGGCUAUCUUAGUGAGGAAAAAGUGCACGUAUUGACAAAUCACUACAGCGUGCUUUAAAGUGUACCUGUUUCCUGCUGUUCAGCCUAUCCCUUUGCUAGGAACAGGGAAUUUCGUAGAGGCAAGAAGCAUUGUAUGUCUCGUGCCUCAUGAAUGUUGCUAGUUCCUAGUGAAUCGAUAGGCUGCGUUCUUAUGAAUAUUGCCUCCAUUCACAAACUUGCUGUGAGCAGGUGACUGUACACUUAGAAUUGCUCUUUUACCCAGGAAAACUAUGUAACUUCACCUAAAGUUUAAUUAAAUAUCAGUUGCCUACUGUUCAACUUACCAUUGUACUUGAUGGGGGGGAGGGGCUUUGCCAGGUUGUGUGCAGUCCUAAAGAUAUUUGUAUUUGGAUCAUGACACUUUACCCUUUUAUGUUGGAGGGAAACUAAAUAAAGCUUUAUUAAUUAUGGGAA